UCAUCACUGCAAUCUACCAAGGAAAUUGAACUCUCGGGAAAAAUGGAAGCAACGAAAUCAAGAAGGAAACUCACCAAAAGGAAACCCUUCACUGAUCUCACCAACAGAGCCCCAUCAUCUCUCCCUUCUUCUCUCUUAUCCUCUUCAAUAAUCAAAUCCCAAACCAAAUCUUCACACUCCUUGCCUCUUAAAUCCCUUGUCAACAACAGCCCCAAUGCAGAUCCUAACUCUAACGCUAGUUUCACUGCAAGCGCAUCCCCAAUGAAUGAUAAUGGUAACAGUGACAAGAAGAAUACGGAAGACAAGGCAAAAGGUCUAAGUAACGAGGAAAACCCUAUCCCAACCCUGUCUCCGCCGCCCAAAAUUCCUUCUAUUUCAGGCGAUGUUGAUUCUUUACUUUCCGAGUUUUCUACGGUUUACAAAAGGAUUCAGACUGCUGAAAAAAGGAAGAACAAAGGGAAGGGGAUUAUGGAGCCUUCGAGUUGCUCUCUUGAAACAAGGAUGCCAAACUUAAGGAAGAAAACAUAUGGAGAUGGUGAUAUUGGUCUCUUCGAGUCAUGUCUGGGGCCUUGUAGAAAGAAACAACACGGAGAGAAGGCUGAGGUAAAUGCUUCCAAGCAUGACUCACCCCAAGAUUACAUUGACAAGCAGAGAGCCUAUUUUGCGGAGAUCGAUGCAUUUGAACUGGAACAGGAGGUAGCAUCAGCUGAUGAGUCGGAAUAGAUGAAAAAAUGUAUAUAGCUAAAUGAUUUAGGUUAAUACAAUUUAGGUGCUCA